AUGUCACAAGACCGCCACGUGGACCAGGCACAGCUGACGUGACUUUUUUCUGUCGUACGGAUUAUCCUACCGAAUGGCAACUUCCAUCGAAGAAUGGAUACUACCCUAACAACCUACAAUCCAUUUUGGUUGCACGAGUCAUGUUCUCUCUCAUGUAGGGGCUUGAUCGGGGUCGCCUGCGAACUAACCAAUGGAAAUCCUUCAAAAUCCUCCCGACUAUCUGAUAAGGUAACAGCUUGGAUUAUCUCCAUUGCUCUCUCUCUCUAUUCGUCGCUAAUAAUCCGCAGCAAUCGAUCAUAUACGAGCCCACGGUCUCGACAAGGUUCGUCCCUUGAGAGGCGGAUGAUAACCGGCCCAAGCUCGAAUCUCCUCCUCGAGUCCAAGAGUCACAAGCAAUGCUUCAUUUCGCCUUCACCAUCGCCAUCGGGCGGAAGCCAAUGAACUUACUCCGCAAACAGCUCCUGAGCGACUAAGGUCCCUUGCUCUAUCACCUCCCUCUGGCUGGUCCAAUACUAUUCCGUGCUGACCUGCCCAGCUAAU